AUGUCAUCAGGAAUAAUAAAACUGGGAAGAACUAUCCGGCACUUGGGAAUAACUUGUCGCUAUGCAUCUACCUCAAGUGCAGAUCACGAUACGUACGACUUAGUGGUGGUCGGGGGUGGAAUAGUAGGAUGCGCUACGGCACGUGAAAUGCUCGAAAGACAUCCUAAUAUGAAAAUAGUUAUCGUUGAAAAGGAAAAUAAACUGGCAAUGCAUCAAACUGGCCACAACAGCGGAGUUAUUCAUGCCGGAAUUUAUUACACUCCCGGCAGUAUCAAGGCGAAAUUAUGCGUGGAAGGAUUAAAACUGUCUUACGAUUAUUUUGGCAAGCAUAAUAUUCCGUAUAAAAAGGUUGGAAAGCUUAUUGUAGCUCAGGAUCAGGAGCAGGCUAAGAGGAUUGACGAUUUAUACCAAAGAGGCUUGAAAAACAACUUUGAAAAGAUGGGUGGCAAAGUUAUUUUAAAUUAUGAAGUUACGGGCUUCGCUGAGAAUGCCGAGUCUCAAGACCACAAAAAAUUUCUCCCUAUUUGUGUGAUGUCCAAAAAUAAAAUGAUACACACAAAAUACGUGCUAACAUGCGCGGGCUUACACUCCGAUCGGCUGGCAGUAAUGACUGGGUGCGACUUUAGUCCCAGAAUAAUUCCAUUCCGCGGUGAAUAUCUUCUGCUAGAUGAAAAUAAGAAGCACCUGUGUAAAACAAAUAUCUAUCCAGUGCCAGAUCCAAGUCUUCCGUUCCUUGGGGUUCAUUUUACUCCAAGAAUCAACGGUGACAUUUGGCUGGGUCCCAAUGCUGUCUUGGCUCUCGCCAGAGAAGGAUACAGGUUUGUUAUUUUAUCGACCUGGACUGACAUAAACAUAAGAGACUGUAUCGAGAUGGCCAAAUCUCCAGGACUUUACAAACUCUGCUUUCGGGGACCUGCUGGUGUAAGAGCCCAAGCAAUGGACGACGAUGGUAAACUAGUCGACGACUUUGUAUUUGAUAACGGAGUUGGAAGUAUCGGUAGUCGAGUACUCCAUUGUCGAAACGCGCCAUCACCAGCUGCGACAAGUAGCAUGGCCAUUGCUAAACAUAUUUGCAAUAAACUAGAAAAAGACUUUAAAUUCUAG